ACCUGGGUCGGCACCCGAGCCUGUCAUCCGGGAGGGGUCGGCGGGGAGCAGGCGGCUAUGCACCCGGGUCCCCCGCCCACGGGCCGCGCCCAGCUAGCGGCCCCCGCCCCGCGGCCCCGCCCCUUGCCCCACCCCAGCCGGGAGACUUAGCUGGGGCCGCAGCGCGGCGGCGGCAACAUCACUCUCGCCGCCGCUGCUCCGCCCCAUCCCCUUCUGUUUUUCUCUCAUUCUCCAGUGGCGGCGGUGGGGAAGGCGGAGGCAGAGGCAGCAGCAGCCGCGCUGGCUGCAAUGAAUGAUCCCCCAGCUGGGGGGCAGGACUCCAGGUGAGCCUCUGCCCUCGGGAGGGCCGGGACCCCCGGCCGCCCCGCACCGGCAGCCCCCGCCAUGGAUCCCUAGAGGGAGGAGGAGGAGGCGAAGACAGCCCUGCCGCCCACCCCCAUCCCAUUUUCCUCUUCCUUUAUCUCAUUGUUGCCGAAGCUGUUUACGGCAGCGCUCCCUCUGCCCCAGCAUGGGGCGGGCUCCGGGCACUGCCCUUCAGCAGGCGCUGCUCCCGCGGCUGCCCGGGGAUUCUGCCUAAUUCUACCUCCCCAGUCCGUGCACCAAGGAUCAGAAAGCAGUGGAGGCCCGGACUGCAGCAGCGGCGGGGCCACUUCCCAGCAUCCCCACCCUAGGAGGCUGCAUGCGGAUUGAAGAACGGCGCCUGGGGGCUGGGCUGGCCCCACUGAUCCCGACCUAAGGAAUAGGACAGCAGGACCGCCCAGGCUGUGCAGGGGAGCAGAGGAAAGGACAGCAGCAAGAUGGCCAGUAAGAACAAGACCAGUGAAGCCCUGAAGGUGGUGGCCCGGUGCCGCCCCCUCAGCAGGAAGGAGGAGGCAGCUGGUCAUGAGCAGAUCCUGACCAUGGACGUGAAACUGGGCCAGGUGACCCUGCGGAAUCCCCGUGCAGCCCCUGGGGAACUGCCCAAGACCUUCACCUUUGACGCCGUGUACGAUGCCAGCUCCAAGCAGGCAGACCUGUAUGAUGAAACCGUGAGGCCCCUGAUAGACUCGGUGCUUCAGGGUUUCAAUGGCACGGUGUUUGCCUAUGGCCAGACAGGCACUGGCAAGACUUACACGAUGCAGGGGACCUGGGUGGAGCCUGAGCUGCGCGGGGUCAUCCCCAAUGCCUUUGAACACAUCUUCACCCACAUCUCCCGCUCCCAGAACCAGCAGUACCUGGUCCGGGCCUCUUACCUGGAGAUCUACCAGGAGGAGAUUCGAGACCUGCUCUCCAAGGAGCCAGGCAAAAGGCUAGAGCUGAAGGAAAACCCUGAGACAGGCGUCUACAUCAAGGACCUUUCUUCCUUUGUCACCAAGAAUGUCAAAGAGAUCGAACAUGUGAUGAACCUGGGGAACCAGACCCGCGCGGUGGGCAGCACCCACAUGAACGAGGUCAGCUCCCGCUCCCACGCAAUCUUCGUGAUCACUGUGGAGUGCAGUGAGCGUGGCUCUGAUGGCCAGGACCACAUCCGUGUGGGGAAACUCAACCUGGUGGACCUGGCUGGCAGUGAGAGGCAGAACAAGGCGGGCCCCAACACAACUGGAGGGACAGCCACACAGUCCACGGGUGGUGGCAGCAAUGGAGGUGGCGGUGGCAGUGGUGGAGAGAGACCUAAGGAAGCCUCCAAAAUCAACCUUUCUCUGUCUGCCCUGGGCAACGUGAUUGCUGCUCUGGCAGGUAACAGGAGCACCCACAUCCCCUACCGGGACUCUAAGCUGACCCGGCUGCUCCAGGACUCUCUGGGCGGGAAUGCCAAGACCAUCAUGGUGGCCACACUGGGACCAGCUUCUCACAGCUAUGAUGAGAGCCUCUCUACCCUACGCUUUGCCAAUCGAGCCAAGAACAUCAAGAACAAGCCACGGGUGAAUGAGGACCCCAAGGACACGCUGCUGCGGGAAUUCCAGGAGGAGAUUGCCCGCCUGAAGGCCCAGCUGGAGAAGAAGGGGAUGCUGGGGAAGAGGCCCAGGAGGAAGAGUAGCCGCAGGAAGAAGGCUGUGUCAGCCCCAGCGGGGUACCCUGAGGGGCCGGUGAUUGAGGCCUGGGUGGCCGAAGAGGAGGAUGACAACAACAACAACCACCGUCCACCCCAGCCCAUCCUGGAGUCAGCCUUGGAGAAGAACAUGGAGAAUUACCUUCAGGAACAGAAGGAGCGACUGGAGGAAGAGAAGGCGGCCAUUCAGGAUGACCGCAGCCUGGUAAGCGAGGAGAAGCAGAAGCUGCUGGAGGAGAAGGAGAAAAUGCUGGAGGACCUGCGGCGGGAGCAGCAGGCCACAGAGCUGCUUGCAGCCAAGUACAAGGCCAUGGAGAGCAAGCUGCUCAUCGGUGGCAGAAACAUUAUGGAUCACACCAAUGAGCAGCAGAAGAUGUUGGAACUGAAGAGGCAGGAGAUUGCUGAACAGAAACGCCGGGAACGGGAAAUGCAGCAGGAGAUGAUGCUCCGAGAUGAGGAGACCAUGGAGCUCCGGGGUACCUACACUUCCCUACAGCAAGAGGUGGAGGUCAAAACCAAGAAACUCAAGAAGCUCUACGCCAAGCUGCAGGCGGUGAAGGCGGAGAUCCAGGACCAACACGACGAGUACAUCCGCGUGCGGCAGGACCUGGAGGAGGCGCAGAACGAGCAGACCCGGGAACUCAAGCUCAAGUACCUAAUAAUCGAGAACUUCAUUCCCCCUGAGGAGAAGAACAAGAUCAUGAACCGGCUCUUCCUGGACUGCGAGGAGGAACAGUGGAAGUUUCAGCCGCUGGUGCCAGCUGGAGUUAAUAACAGCCAAAUGAAGAAACGGCCAACGUCUGCAGUGGGCUACAAGAGGCCUAUCAGCCAGUAUGCUCGGGUUGCCAUGGCAAUGGGGUCCCACCCCAGGUACAGGGCUGAAAACAUAAUGUUUUUGGAGCUGGACGUAUCCCCCCCAGCUGUCUUUGAGAUGGAAUUCUCUCAUGACCAAGAACAAGACCCCCGUGCACUACACAUGGAGAGACUCAUGAGGCUGGACAGCUUUCUGGAAAGACCUUCCACAUCUAAAGUUCGAAAGUCCCGAUCCUGGUGCCAGAGUCCUCAGCGGCCGCCACCUUCCACCGCACAUGCCUCCCUGGCCUCUGCUUCUCUGCAUCCUGCGACAGUGGUGGACCAUGAGUGACAACCUUCACAGUCAGACUGCCCAUCCAACAGACUUCUAGGAUAGGGCAACCAACCCUGGCUCAUCUCAUCUGCCGCUUGGUGCGUGUGCGUGUGGGUGUGCGUGCAUGUGCGUGUGUGUACGUGUGAAGGGGUGAGGAUCUGGCAGAUGCUGCCUCUGCCUGCUCUUCUGCGCCUCCUUUAUUUAAUUCAUGUUAUUUAUUCGUGGAGCUCAGUUACGUGGGGGAGACGCCCUCGCCUGAGCUGCUUGGGCCUGCGGCCAUCACUGCGUAGUCUCCUUUUCUUCUGACUGGAGACCCCCAGUCAGACCUCAAGCUCCUCCCUGUGUCUGCUGCCCCUAGAAGAGAAGAUGGCCAGUGCCUGAGAAGACAGUGCUUUUUCUACCCACCUCAUUCCACAAUCUCCAUCUCCUCCUGCACUGAUGGUGAGCAGUCCCUAAGCACUUUCUGGGACUAGAAAACUGCAGGGUGUCCACUGAGGACAAGAGACAUCCCAACAGUGUUGGGCCUGUGUUCCUGGUGGACAGAGACUGCUCUCCACUUUCUGGGCCUCUAAUAACCUCUUCUGGUCUCUUGGGCUCUUUUUCAAGGACUUAAAUGACUUCACCAAAACUCAGCCCAUGCUCUUCAGCUUUGGCAAGAACUCACAGCUUCCUAAACUCUGGCUUCCUGACCACCUUCCCAGCCCUUAGAUGGAAAUUAUGAGCCAACCAGUUGUAGCCAACUCAGGACCUGCAGGAAAUGGAACAGUAUUGAGACAUCAUGGACUGCCAUCGAGGGAAGUCCCUCCUCUGAGCCCCUUUGUUUCUCUCCCUCCAGAAGUUCCUAUGAUUGAGGAACUAUCCAACCAACUCCCCACCUUUUUCUUUUUGUUUUUUGUUUUUUUUUAAGUCAGUACUGGGGCUUGAACCCAGGGGCACUCCACCAGUGUGCUACAUACCCAGUCCUUUUUAUUUAUUUAUUUAUUUUUAUUUUAAGACAGGGUCUAAGUUGCCCAGGCUGACCUCGAACUUGCAAUCCUGCUUCACCCUCUGGAGUCACUGGAUUACAGUGUGCACCAUUGUGCCUGGUGCAACUACCAUGGCUUCUUCCUGCUUCCAUCAUUUUUCCCUCAGAUCUCAGUUCACACUGGGAGGGAUGUGCUUCUGGCUAAAUGAAGGUAUCCAAAUCUGCGGCUUUCCUCCUGAAUUUGGCCCAGGAGAUGGAGACCCAGGCAUAAUCAUUGCUAACCUUGCCUGAUACCCGUUUCUCAAUCACAUUUUGAGGGGACGGUUUUGUUGAAAAUUGAUCUGUUCAUUACUAUGUGUGCACAUUGGUCCCUUCCUCAGGAAGCAGUCCAAAAUGAGCCCAGUUAUCACAAGUGAUAACUAAAUUUCUAGCCCCCACCCCCCAAAAAAGUUAAUUUUCAUUGACUUUUUUUAAUCAUACAAAACUUUCACUCUUUAUUUGUAAAAAGCCUUUGCACAUAAGCCAUGCCACAAAAUUGCAUAGAGUUACUUUUUAUUAGAAAUUAUAUUUGAGUUAGAAUUGCCAAGUUCUAUUUCACAAGGACACUGGAUUCCUUCCCUAUGCUUUCCUGAUAUGCCUCUAGGAAAUGUGUCCAUGAGCCUAUGUCUGUCUUUUUUCAGACCUUGGAUUGACUCAAAAGAUGCUGAUAAAUAUAAAGAUUUCUUGCAGAAGAAAUUGUAUUUUUUCUGUAAACAUUUAAUAGUUUACUAUUUAAUUAUAUGUUGGUUGAAAAAAGAAAAUUCUCUGAUACUAGGGAUGGUAACACAAGUACAUUGACUUAUUUUUGAAGUCUGUAUUUUGGUGGAGGGGUGAUGCGGAAAUCACGAGAACAGACAAUAACUUAGGAUUUCAGACAGCCUCGCAGUGCGAGUCUCCUGUCCCUAGACUGUGAGCAGUUCCGUCACUGGAGUCAAGCAUGAGGCUGACAGAUAUGCUGCGGCAGGUGGCAGUGGGGGCUAUUCUCUUCCCUUCAGGAAAUAAGCCCUUCUUGUGCCACUCAAAUUCUCUGAACGAUGAUUUGGUUUGAUUUAACUCAAUUGUUGUCUUUUCUGCUGUAAUUACUGGACUAGAUGGUUGAGCCACUCAAUUGCCAUUUGUUCCUGUCCUUCAAGGAAAUCACAAUUUUCAUCAGAGCCCAAGAGAUUAUUUGAGACUCAGGAUUCAGAUCAGAGAUCUGGCUAUGGCUGGGACAGAAGCUGUGUGUAGAAAUCCCCAGGUGGCCUGGGCAUCGAGGGACUUCCGGGGCUGCUUGAGCGACCUCCCCCACUGACCUCUUUCUCGUUCGUGGAUGCAACAGCAUGUGUCACCCCAUUCAUCACUUGGACACAUUGACUCUGCAUUGUCUGGUCACUUGUUCCUCACAGUCUUAUAGCACAAUGUACCCACUUUUCCACCCCCAGUCUGAGGGCUGGGCCCAAGGUGUGGUCGGAGGAGGAGCUCCUGCCUGCAAUUUUGUGUACGUGUGUAUGUGUGUGUGUUUGUGUGUGUGUGUGUGUAUGUUUACCUGUACAGGACACACUACACUCAGCGUAGGAUAUGCUGGGAACAGGGCCACCGGGGUGGCUGUAUCUCAGUCUCUGUCUAUCUCCUUUCCUUUUGAUGUAUCAGACAUUUGAUUGACAAAAGUAAGGGCCUUGAUUAGGACCAAAUUUCCAUGUCUGUUGCUAUGGUCUUUAUUUAGGACAACAGUUAAUGCGGUGACCCAUUCUUGUCACUCUAUACAUAUGACUAUAUGGGACAUAUGUAAUAUAUAAAUAUAUAUAUAAAACAUUACCCUCUGUCCCCGUGGCUCAGGAUGGAGGCCUCUUUGUUGAACAGAAAUGCAUUGCAGCUCGGUCGGUCGGUGCUGCCAGCAGCCUGCAGGCCCCAGCCCUGUUCAAAUCAACAGUCGACAAUAAAGGAAUGAGUAUUGU